AUGGCCACUGCAACCCUCGGACGCGACGACGCGUGGCACCAUGACGAGAAGAACGUCCCCGCCGACGUCGACGACAAGUCGGCCGUGGACCUCGGCCACCCCGACAACACGGAUACCAACAGCUCGAUCGACCUCGGCAACGAGCUGAUUGACACGUCCAAGAUUGACCUUGUGCUCACCAGGAAGAUGGCCCUCAUCAACAAGACGAUUGAUGAGAUUGGCAUCACUCCGUACCAGUGGAAGUUGUUCUUCCUCAACGGCUUUGGAUACGCGGCAGACUCGCUCCUCGUCUCGUGUCAGUUCAUCACCCAGCGCAACGUGAUCCAGGAGUUUGGCAACCCCAACCCCCCGCUGCAGGGCGUGUCGCUCGCGUCCCAGAUCGGCCUGCUCGCCGGCGCGGCGCUGUGGGGCUUCUCGGCAGACAUUAUCGGCCGCCGCCUGGCCUUCAACUCGUCCCUGUUCGUGUGCGCUGUCUUUGUGCUCCUCACCGGCGCCAUGCCAAACUACAUCUCGUUCUGCGCGUUCAUCGCCAUCUACUCGGCCGGCGCGGGCGGCAACUACAUCCUCGACGCGACAAACUUUAUCGAGUUCCUCCCCGUGUCCCACUCGUGGCUGGUCACGCUGCUCGCGGCGUGGUGGGCCAUCGGUUACAUCAUCACGGGCUUCUUCGCCUGGUGGUUCAUGAGCGACUACUCGUGCCAGCCGACAGCCAAGAUCUGUCUCAAGAAGGACAACAUGGGUUGGCGCUACCUUCACUUCACGGCCGGCGCCUUGUGCUUGAUCCUGGCGCUGAUCCGCGUGUUCGCCAUCAAGAUGCGCCACACGCCAAAGUACCUCAUCAGCAACAACCGCGACGAAGAGGUCUAUGAAGACCUCAAGGCCCAGGCACUCAAGUACAACCGCCCCUUUAGCCUCAAGCUCGAGCAGCUUCGGGCCUUGGGCGAGAUCAAGAACGCGCACAAGUCGCGCUGGUCGCUCACCCGCAUCAAGCACCACUUUACCGACCUCUUCCGUACCGUCAAGCUCGCCUACUCGACCACCGUGAUCAUCCUCAACUGGUUCUUCAUUGGCACCGUCUCCCCGCUCUACGGCGUCUUCCUGCCGUACUACCUCGCCUCGCGCAACGCCGACCUUGGAGGCAACACAAACUACUACACCUGGCGCGACUACGCCAUCAACCAAGUCAUGGGCUUCAUCGGCCCCUGUAUCGCUGCUGUUCUUGUCGAGCACAAGUGGCUCGGCCGCCGUGGCACCCUCGCCAUCUCCGCUGCUGCCACUACUGCUCUUCAGAUCGGAUACACGCAGAUCACGACCCCCGCACAGAACCUCGGCGUGUCUUGCGCCAUCUCGGUCGUGUCCAACAUCUACUAUGGCGUGCUGUACGCCUACACGCCUGAGAUUCUUCCCGCCGCCCACCGUGGAACCGGAUACGCCAUCUGUGUCAUUGUCAACCGCAUCGGCGGUAUCAUUGGCGUCGUGGUCGGCUCGUACGCCAACGUUAACACUGUUACGCCGCUCUGGGUCUGUGCUGGUCUCUACGGCGCCCUUGUCAUCACCAGUCUGGCCCUGCCGUUUGAGAGUAGGGGCAAGAGGACGGUCUAG